GAUACUUUCAAAAAUGCAAACGUUUGUGUAUAUGACAUUUUUGAGCACUUUUAUCGUCAAUAUUAAUCGGAAUUUCGGGAUUAUCGACUAACGGAUAAAGACGUGAGAAGUUGCAUGUAUGCGAUUGAGACAAUUGAAACAUAUGUAUCGUGGAAUCAAGAGACUCGGGAGAAUACGAUUAUUAAAAUCAGUUCUGAGUUAUCCAUGGCUUCAAACUGUUAAUUGCCUUAUCAAACACGCAAUUAUCACUCCUCCAGGUGCGGUAUCCUACAGCUAGGCUGACCCAAAAUGAGUCACAAAACAUCAUCUAGCCAAGUUUUCCCUCCAGUAGAGGGGUAUGGACAACAACAAAAUCAGCAGUACCAACAGAAGAGGUCCCGCAUGAAACAGGAGUUCACGGCAAUUCAAGUUGGGGAUCCCCACACUGAGGAGGAAACCCUAAUGCUACAGAUGCGAGGUGGAACACCACCACGGCGCCGCUCCCCAACCAGCGACCGAAAUCGUGAUAAUGAGACCAAAUCUCGACUGGAUGACCUUCUUUCCAGACAAGACCAAUUGUUAAACCAUCAAAUGCAAGUUUCUAGCCGUCAAACCGAAAUAGCUGAUCACCUUCGAAACCAAAACCAAUCUAUGAACGAGGCACUCUUAAAACAGAUCCUUGCCAACAAAGACAGUAUGAUAGCCAGCCUAGCCAACCAACAGGCUGCAGAACUAGAUGACCACGGUCGAGAAUUGCUACAGCAGCACAUUAAGUACAUGGUGGCUAUUAUCAGGAGACUUAACGCAGACAUUGAGGGUCUGGAAGCUGAGCUAAAGGGACGUGACAUAGCAGUGAUAGGCACAAAUGCAGCGGUGAACAAACUAGAGGUCCAUCAUGUGACUAUGUUGCAUGACCUUCGUGGACGUAUUGUGAGAUGUGACACCGCCAUUGGAAAACACUCCAAGGACAUUGGUUUACUGUUGGGUGAGAUUCGUCGUCUUGAGGCAAUGAUAUACGGACUGCGGGAGAAAAUGAAUGGUGACAUCCACAGGCUUGAAGCAGAGAUGAUGUCAAUCACAGCAGAACUUGAGCGACAACACGGGGUGCAGCGAUCUGAGGUGGGCAGUCUCCACAAGGAAACUCUCCAUCGAAUACAAAUGUUGGAGGAUCGGCAGCAACAUAACAUGGCCGAAUGGCGUGAAUCCCUUGACGGGAACCGGUCAAACAUCGAGCAUUACCUUGACAAGAUGGAUGCCAAGUUUAAAGCCAUGAUUGACAAGGCAACCGCAGGCUGGGGAAACUUAAUGGGCCAAGUGGAUGUGCAGAUUGACAAGAACAUGGUGGCCAUUCUGUCACGCCUCAACAGGCUUGAAGAGCAGAUGGCCAAGGAAAGACAGACUUCCAAACAACUGCACCAAAACAUUGAGACCCAGGUCCUAGCAACAAUCCAAGACUCACUCUCCUACAACAAUGCUGAACUAGCAAAGGCAAAACUGGAGUUCAGAAAUGGCUUCACAGAGCUACAGGAGAGCCUAGCCAACCUUAAACGGGUUGUUGAAGGUAGAAGGAAACUGAUGGGUCACCAGAUCAAACGAGAUCUGGGUACAAUCAGGAAAGCACUGUUUAUGGAGAUGCCACCGCAAGAACAAGGCACAACAGUGGUCGUAAAAAAUGUUGAUAGGUCAAUGGAGUGGUGAUUGAAGGUCAGAGGAAGUCUAGGUUUUUCUGUUAUACUGGUGACUUAUUUAAUUAACAUUAUGUAUUUGUGUGUAAAAGCUGUACAUUCAUUUUGAAAUAUGUAAUAUAUGUCAAUAUUUCAAUUUAUGUUUCUGAAUAAUUCCCAUGCUAUAGCUUUGUUAUUAUGCUGUUAUAUUGAUAGUUUGUUUGCUGACUAAUUAUCUUUGAAACUCUUAUGUGAUUUUUUACCUGUGAUUCAAUUUUUACAAUGAAUAUUAUUAUAUUGUUUAAACCACAAAUACCACUUUUAUUUUACAAAACAAUGUCAGUCCACUCAGUUUAAGUGACGCUGUGAUAAUACUGAAAUCAUGAGUUCAAGCACUUGGUGCACACAGGUUUAAUCUAUCUGGUACAGUAAGAGAUAUAUCUGCAUUCAAAAAUAUAAGAGUGAAUCUGGGAAAAGUCAGACAAUUCUACAAGGACUUCAAGCAGUAAGACUAUGUGCCUUGCUUUGUAGUAAUUACCGGUUUAGUGAUAAAGUAAUCUGGAAAUCCUUGUUUUUCUAAAAUGUUGAUUUCAUAAGGUAAUCUGACUGGAAAGUCUAAAAAUGUGCCACAAUGAUGCCGCCCAAAAUCUUGUAUAUUCAGACAUUAUGAAUGAAUGACAAAAUUCAUUUAUGUUUACUGUAGUGAUUUAAGGUCACUUACAACAGCCUUGCUGUUGUGCUAGCUCUUUAGCCUCGCAGUUUAAGUGUCUGACUACCACUCUGGAAAUUGUGGGUUCACAAUUGCUUGAGCUCCAUAAUUUCACAAUAUUAGUGAUGAGGCAAACACAAACUGUGAACAUGCAAAUGGGUAUGAGCUUUGUGUAAUGAUUUAAACGGAGCUGCUUCUGUAGCGGUCGACACUUGUAGAAGAAGUGUCUGGGGCCUUGAAACAUUAAGAGGGGGGUCCUAAUCCUUGUCACCAUUGCUUUGAAAAUAUGGAGCUCAAGCGGGAGAUUGAACCCAGGACAUCCAGAGUGGUAUUUCAGACACUCUAACCGCGUCGCAAAAGAGCUAGACCAACAGCAAGGCUUUUAGAAGUGACCUUAAAUCACUACAUUACUGUCUAUCAACUGUCAAAUGCUUUUUACUUCUUUUUUCACAUAACUUUAUAUUGCCUACAUUUCGAAAGCAUUAAAAGUGAUUCGAAAAUAACAA